GUCGUUUCUCGUGUUGGGAAAAUGUCGCUACAGCGGAUGAAACUGCCUGAGAAAAAUCGAAACUCUCCCCCGAUUAUAUUAUCAUCUAUCCCAUUCUGUGACGAGGGGGACUAAUCAGACUCGGGAAAAUUUCGCAUCGCCAGUUUUCCAUCAGCUUCGCCAGACUGUUCAACUCCGGGGCCAGUGUUUCGUGCGUGGUGUUUCAUCCAUGAGGGUAGACUUUGUAGUAGUUUUUGUUUUGUGCUUGUUAGCGAUGUUUCCUGAUAUAACGGACAAUUGAAAAGUGUCCAGUGUUGGGAAAAUUGUGGUUAGAAUGUGAUAAUACGUCCGCUUCGGAUUGAUUAGCUGAAAUCAAAAUUGUUGAUUUUGAUAAGUACUCCGUAAAAAAUUAACCACCAUGUGUGAGUGAGACGGAACGGAAUUUAGUGGUGCCAAGUGAGCGAGAUGGAGAGUGGAGCUCCUGUUAAGGAUUCAGUUCUUCCCGAUUCGCUUCAUGUGCGACCGAUGCUUUGUAGUGUUCUGUUUUCAUAAUUCGGUGAGAUGAAAGGCAUGCCCUCGGUGGCAAACGGGAUGAAAGAAGGCCUCGCGGUCAUCCCGUUGUCUGAUAUCUAAGUUACAAGGAUACUGUGGAGCAUAUUAUUGCUGCCUAGCUGGAAGAAUGAGAGCAAUCAGUGAAAGUGUAAGAAAAGUAUAAUUAAUCAAAAUUUAUGUGAACUGCCAAGCAGCAGAAGUACCCAUGUGGAUAAGUGAUCUCAUUUACGCAGAAAAAAAAUGCCAAUCAGAGUGUAAAUAUUGUCAUAACGAGAGAGAAAGAGAGUGUCACAGUUUCCAAAGCUAAUGGCAAAUGCUAUGAGCCCCGCGCCUACGGCUGGUGAUUUAUCAUUCCCUUCAGGUGGUUGCCCUCGGCGCGGAAGCCGACCCUUCGACGUUUGCAGAACCACUUUGAAAGUGAGUCUCCCUAAUGGGCUGAAUGUGUGCUAUUAGGCGGAAAAUUCGCUGCUAAUACGGCAUUUUCAUACGCGUGCACACAAGCACACAAGUGUCAGUGUAUGUGGAUGUGCCUCAUCGAGUGUAUGUGUUGAUUUCAAUGUGAAAUUUUGCUCUCUUUCGAAUGUGCAAAUGAAAAGAUAACAAGCCUUGACGCAGAUCUUCGGUACGAGCAGAAGAAUGGUAGCGGAAAUGUGCGAACGUGAAACGGUGGGAAACAUACCGACACUGAGGGAUACGACCAUUUGAGCAGAGUUACUCUACAAUUGUCCUGUUCUCCCCAAUGUCUUGCUGAAGGUCGACAGCGGAGUGUAUUGCCACUCACCGAAGACUUCGAAAAGCAUCUCCUGUGUUGGAUAGGGUUCGAACAGCAGCAGCAGGAGCUAACCGACGAUCGCAGCAUAUUGAGUCAAGCGACGGACCAAUCCGGCGAACGAAAUUAUUUAUCCACCUAUUCAGGGAAGAACCGCCCAAAUUAAUGGAUUACUCGAGCUAGUGACCGGGCACCGGGUUGUCAUCAGGGAGCAGCUGCGCUGGUGCGGGUGCGUGUGGGAUUUUGCGGGGAAUCUCGCUCCCAUGUGGUAAUCUCCGAUUCGUCUCCGGUUAAUCCCCCCGAUAUUUUGGGCGAAGAUUGAGUUGUUCCAAAUCUGUUUUCCACAUCCACGCGCCCGAAUAGCGACACGCUGGCUGGUUGACUGGCUGGCUGGCCGGGUGAGCAGAAAACGCGAACGCGACACGUGUCUGGGACGAGAAUGAAGAUUUAUGAUCGGUUGAUGUUGUGACGGCAGAACUGAUGAAUUGGGGAUGCCGCGGCGAGGUAGUGAAGUUUCCAAAGUGUCACAGGUCACGUAAAAUAUGAGGGUGUAUGUCGGCGCUGUAAUUAGCAGAGAAUAGAUUAGCGUCGGACGGUGCAGUGAUAGUGUUGGGAAAUCCAGGCUAGAACGGGAAAAAGCGUUCCCAUUCAUAAGAAGAAGCGACUAUAAUUCAGCAGUGUCAGAAGUUUAUAAAUAAUCCCCCAACGAAAUACCAUUAGCAGCCGGUGGUGAUACUGCGGGAAGCCAGCUGCGCUACAACACGGACAGCGACCAUCGUCGUUUAGCGGGGCUGAACCGUUGUCACAAUGGGCUGCGGACAGAGUAAAAUUCAUCUCUAUCCAAGGAAAAACAAGAGCAAAUCUAACGGCAAGAAGAGUGGACACAUAGAGGACGCCGACGCGGACGAGGAGGAUGGACACAAUGGGCGGGACGAGCGCGAUCGCGAAAUCAACGGCGAGAAGGAAAAACUCGACGAGGAGGGCUCUUUGCGGGACAGCGGGUCCCCCGAGCCCCCCAAUGGCGAGAUUGUGUCGAUAUUGCGGAAAAAUGGAUCGCUGCUGCAGAGCCAGGAAAUUUCGACAAGUCAGCAGAACUUUUUCCGGAUGCUGGAUCAGAAAAUCGAAGAGGGCCCCGAUUACGAUUCCAGCAGUGAAACAGAACUUGCAUUAGAGGAAGCCCGCCUAAACGCCCUGGUGCAACACUGGGAAUCCGCCAGUCUAACGACAUCCAUGUGUUCUUCCACCAGUCGGUCACUCCAGGGGACUCCGGUGCGACAAGUGCCACUAAGACAGCCACCACUGAGACAAGCUUUGCAGCAACCGCUUAGCGCGGAGUUACUCUCCCAGCAGCAGUUGCUCAAACAGCAGCAUCAGUUGAUCCUCCAGCAUCACCAACAGCAACAGCAGCAGCAACAACAGCAGCAACAACAACAACAACAACAACAACAGCAGCAGCAACAAAUAAUCCAUCAGAAUUUCAACAUCAACAUGAACAUCAAUAGUCCAAAACGGGUAGUCGGUAGUGGAAACUCCGUCAGCGUGGGCGGAAUUCCUGUAAAUUUAGACAGUCGACAGCUACUUUCGCAAACGAUCAUUCAUCAGAACUACGGAGUACUUCAACCAACCCAAACGGGGCCCCCGUUGCGUCCCAGCUCUGGGCGAAGUCUGCCAACGCCCGUUCAGUGCAUGCAGUUAUCAUAUUAUCAACAACAGGCACAGCAACAACAGCAACUUCAGAUUCAACAUCAGCAGCAGCAACAACAUCAGCUUCAAGGAAUGAGCGGAGCGAUAGGCGGAAUACCAAUGCAACCGUUUCAACAGCAAUCGAUACCACCUCAUUCGUACUACAAUGAUAUUCUGAGGCAUCCCUUACAGCUCUCAGCCACCCAACAGCAACAGCAACCCUCAUCCAGCAUCCCGUCGGUAUCAUCCUCGCUGGCCUCCGGAAGCGUUCCGUCCUCACUCGCAUCGGUGGUCUCCGUCGGAGGCAGCGGGAAUCUUCUCUCCUCCGCCGCCCAACAACAACAGCAGCAGCAGCAGCAGCAACAGCUAUUGCAGCAAGCUCCGCUACAGGACACUCCUCGAUUCCCACCAGCAAUAUCUGUUCAGCGCCUAGCGCCGCAAGUUCAACGCCAAAUCCGCGAAACGCAGGAACUCAUCAAGGACACCUGCUCGCAGCUGUACGCCACCGGUUACGGCAGUCCGGGGCCUCCUCCGAUGGCCCCGCUGAGGACCAACGCAGCCGCAGCCGCGAACGCAGUAGCUGCAGCCCGGGCAGCAGCAGCGGCCCGGCGCCCCACGCUCGAGACGCAGUAUUCGCAGGAACUUUCGUGAUAUCUAGAGAAGUAGUGAACUCGCUGUAAUUAUCCUCAUUGUUUGUCUCGUUCAUCGGUUACUUUCCUCCCUGCCGUAUAUAUGUUUCCCCCUUUGUACAGCUGCUCGGAGGUAAAUUGUUGCGUAUAAAGAUAAACGCAUCCAAAAUGAUUGGAUGGCGGAUGUUUGGAUGAAAAACUCGGUUUUAAUGCGAUUAGGAAAAGUACCUUAAGGAUUAGGAUGUAAGCGAAAAUGUGGCAAAUUUAAAUUAAUUCUAAGGAACCAAAUGUGGGCAAUGUUCGAUCAUGCGUUUCGAUGACUAAUUAUAUGGAAUCAAACAAAACAUUCGAAGCGAAAUGUGCGUUCAAUGUGAUUACCGACAUAUGAAGCCCGAUUCAGCUGGAAUCUGGACGCAAGCACUCAGUUCUGUCUCUGGAUAGUUGUGAUGAAUUGGAAAUGUUAAGUUGUCAAUAUACAUUAUUUUGAAGUCUAAGCUUUCUAGUUUUGGAAUAUUUUUGUCUUGGUGUGUUUAGUUGGGCAAUAAUAUCGAGAAGCAAAUGAAAUCGAUUAAUUACUGUUUUUUCAAAUAUUUUGAGGACCAAAAGGUUUUUUUCCAACAAGUCAAUAGCAAACCAAUUAACCUUUUCAACCAGCUUUCAUUUGAUCCCUAUAACGUUUCAGUAUGAUCUGUCAAUGCAGUGACAUUUUUGUUUGAAUAAAAAAAAAAAUCAUAUACUGCAUAUACUCGUAUGAUGAGAAAUAAUUCUGUAAAUUAUUAUCGCACCACAGAUUUAAAGGAAGUUCAGACAACUGAAAUAAAUUCUGUACAAGGUUGAUUUGUUGCAUAGACAAAAAAAAAUUUUUUUUUUGCAUCGAUAACCAUCUUCAUAACCAACGAUUUUUGGUGGUCUCGCAGGCGUGUAUUCUAUGCUGCCCAUGUUUGUAUAGGAGACGUAAGCGACAAAAUUAACCCCUUCGCGUAUUAUUUAAUACGUCCCACAUCAAGUGAUUCCACUACUCUGCUGAGCGUUCUAGGGUCUAGGGUUAUGUAAGUACACCACGAGUGAGACUCGAUGUUGUACGGGAAUAGGUUAACAAAAUCGAUUUUUUCGCCGUUUUGCAUUCUACGCAAUGUAAUACGUUUGCUCAACAAACAAUUUUUGUUGGAAAACAUUCGAGCAAUUUUGAAAAAAACGUUUCCCAAAAAACACUUUUUGUCCGCAUAACAGACGUAGUUCCAUACAGCUUUCAUUCAUCGUUCGAAAUUCAACAAUUAUAAGUAUUAUGUGCUCCAAGCUAAAUCUACAAUUGAAUUACAUACUUUGUAGAGUCCAAACAUUCCUGUCACGAUAGUGUUUUAUUACUUAGUGUUUCCUAAUAGAUGAAUAUAAGAAACCAUCGAAACACUGCUCAUAUAAAUAAUCACUAUUUUCUGACACUGCACUGCUAUGAACAAAGAGAAGCAAUUGUGUUUUUUAAUGUUAUAACUACAUAAAUUUCUGCAUUUGAAUCUUCAUGUACAUAAUGAAACCAUCAGAUCAGUAGUAAAAUUAAAAUAAUCGACAUCGAAUUUAUUCCACAUACUCAGCAUUAUUCGUACCGUUGGAGUAAGUCACUCCACCAUCUUUAUGUGAUUGAUCGUGAUAUCGGUAAAUCAUGUUGCUAAAAUUACCAACAUUGCAGAUUGCCUUUACAAGUUCAAUUAAUUGAAAAAACAUGAACCUGCUGUUCUUAUCAUAUCCCAGAGUAUUCUUCAGGAAAAAAGUACUAUCAUAGACCCGCAACAAAUCAAGAGCAUCUUUUCCAGACAUUUCACUAAAUUUCUUCCAAACCUUUUUGAUUUUAUCCGACAACAACUGAAACUACCGACGGAGAAGUUUUGAAUAUUAUCGGUAAUGUAAAUACUACUGCUACAGUCAGAGCAACCUGGUGAUUACGCGUCUAGCUAUGCGAAUAAAUGUUCAUUGGAACGAUCGAUUGUCCGUAUAAAUAGACGUAGGCGUUUUCCAAAUUGUAAAAUUAUAAGAGGUUGUGUUCAAGACACGACCGCAUUGUUGACGUAGAACUACGCUGUAGUUUAAUUCAAGUCGCUUGUUUAUAACAGCGGAUAUUAUUUUAUAAUCGAAAAUUUUGAAAUAGCCAUUCUACCAGUUUGGUCGCCCUGAAAUGUUUUUUUUUCAUUGUAGAAUCAUUUGACGAUAAUUGUUUGACGAUUCAUUCUUGUGCUCGCAGAACAAUACAUGCUCGAGAUAGUGCAGGUGUCAUUCUUAGUGGAGAAUGUAUUGCUACUGGCAAGCGAAAACAAAUCACAUACAAACUUCCUGAAUGACAUUUACUUUCUUGGUGACUAAAUAAGCGAAAUAAACUUUAUAUGCACGCGAACCCAAAUGAAUUAAUGACUUAUUAUAACAUAUUGAAUAACUUGGUAUUCUCCAAAUAAUUUUUUGGUGCACAACCUUAACACCUGCUUCACCAUAGCGUCAGUUCAAUGCAUUGAUGCAAUGUCAAAGGCACCAACGAAGCCUUUAUGAUGAUAGAAAACAAACAAUGUUAACUGCUUGAAAAAAGGCUGAACAGCGUAAAUAAUUCCCUCCCGCUAUCUCCCCUCCUUGUUUAUAUUUAUCAUUACAAAUGGGUUUUCAGCGUAGCGAAGAUGCACUAUUUAUAUAUUUUACGUACGGGUUAUGAAGCACGCACGUACGUACAUUCAAAAAGGCACUUGGAAAACUGUAUUCUUUCUUCAUAUUACUCCUCCACCCCCAUUGCCUUGAGAAAGGCAUUCGAUCCCUCGCCGUCCAGCUCGUCCAGCAAAGGUGUUGUCCAGUCGGUGUCCUCACAAAGAAUGAAGUUUGCCUCAGCGAGAUCCAUUGUUUAUACUCUAGCCAAAUAUUCCCCUUCGUUCUUGUUCUUUUCCUUUGUUCACGGAGAAUUUACAUCUUACGAUUCCCCCUUCGUUGCUCGUCGAUAAGCUGCUCUUUAUUGACCGCUCUGUUCGGGAAAGCACACAAAUGGAUAGAACAAAUGCAUGAGGAAAUAGGAAUGCUUCCAAUUUUCAUCAAUUUAAACCAUAUACAGACUAUGGGAUUGUAUUAUAUAUCGCAUAUCAAACAAAUCUUAGGGAAUUUCAGAUUCGUUUGGUAUGUAAAUCGCCAAAAUCCGUUUACGGCAAAAAUAGUUAUUAACGUUAACUUUAUUUCAUAAAAACGUGACCUGUUUUCUGAUUUGGCACCCUUAAUGAAAGAUGGACAGAGUAUUUCAUUAGAAAUUUGCAUGGUUAUGCUUGUAGGCAAAAAAACAACAAAAUUGCGUUUUCUCAACACUGAUGGUAUGGUGAUUACGUCUCCUAUGCAAACAUGGGCAGUAUGAAUGUCAUUCCUGGCGUCCUUAUCAACGAUUGGUGUACAUGAUUGUACUUUCUGUUAUCCCAAAACCCUUGCUGCUUGAAGCAACGAUCUACCAAUAUUUGGGCUACUAAUUCGUCUGAUUCAAGAUCUGCAAAUCGCUUUACCAGUUCCGAAAUCAAUUACAGAUCUUUUAUUAUAAUCACUAGAACUGAUUUCUCUUGCUCCAUACAAAGGGCUUUUCAAUAAGAGCGCUACAAAAGUUUUUUUUAAAUAAAACAAAAACGGUUUUGGAUUUGAUGCCAUAAUGUAUGGAACUCGAUUUCUUUUGCAUGGCCACCACAGGAAAGUUUGCAGAAGUCCAGACGCUGAACCCAAUUUUCGACGAUUUUCGACCAUAAAUCGACCGAUACUGCUGCAAUUUCACGUUCGAUAUUCGUACGAAGUUCAUCAAUCGUUGCUGGCUUGUUGGCAUAGACCAUAGACUUGACGUAGCCCCAGAGGAAAUAGUUCAACGGCGUCAAAUCGUACGACCGAAGCGGCCAAUUGGCUGGGCCAUUUCGUGAGAUAACACGCUCACCAAACUUGGUUUUCAAUAAAUCGAUUGUUAAAUUCGAUCUGUGGCUUGUGGCGCCGUCCUGUUGAAACCACAUAUUGUUCAAGUCCAUAUCAUCCAAUUCGGGCCCAAAAUUAUUCGGUUAUCAUUGAGCGGUAGCACAUUCACAGUAACGUGCCGGUCUUGAUCAUCACGGAAGAAGUACGGCCCAAGGACUCCGCCGGAGCAUAGGCCGCACCAAACCCUUUUUUUUUGGGUAUGCAUUGGUAACUCAUAAAGUACAUUUAGAUUGCUGCCUGACCAAUAACGCAUAUUUCGGUUAUUGACGAAGCCAUUCAGCCAAAAAUGAGCCUCAUCGCUAAAGAUGAUUUUUCGAUGACAAUCCGGAUCAUUUUCAAGUUGUUGCUCAGCCCGCCCAAUUCACGAACAUACGACGCUUCUGGUGGUCAAGCGGCUUUUCAGUUCAUGCGUCAAUUUGAUCUUGUAAGGAUGUAGGCCAAGAUCUCAUUGACGACGAUUAGCAGCAUCGCACCCGCCACUGGGCCUGCGUAGUCGACAUGGAUACGCUCCCACGGAUCGUUUGGAUACUCCCAAUAGUGACUGCUGAAUUUCGGUGGUGCUGGUGCAUGUCGUACGCAUUCUGUACAGGAUUUGGCUGUUCGAUGUCUGCAUCGAUUCCUGGCCAGUAUACAAAGGAACGUGCUAGUCCUUUCAUUUUGACGACUACGAUGUGUGCCGCAUGUAGGUCAUUCAGGAUUUCUUCACGCAAAGUUGGUGGUAUGACGACACGAUGUUCGAAAAGUAAACAGUUGGCAGCUAGGGUGUAUUUUACUUCCGGGGCCUUGUAUUUUGACUGCGCGAGAUUUCGUCCUAAUUCCAGCUCUCGAUACAUCUUUCCAAGAUGGGGAUCUUUUCGUGUCUCGCGUGCAAUGUGUUCAGCGCGCACUGGCAGUUGCUGGAUCUGGUUUAAAGCAAAUUGUUCGAAUUCGUCUUCGUUAUUCCUUCCCUCGUGAAGAGAUAAUCUGUUGACAUCGGUUUGUGUAGAUUGACUUGGAAUUCUGGAACAGUAAUCAGCGUUUGUGUUCUGACUGGUUGGCUUUUAGACCACAUCGAAGUUGAAGUGAGCCAGAUAAUCAGCGUAGUUCGCCAUUCGGCUAAUGCAAAGUGUGGGGAGUGACUUUUCUGGAUGUAGUAUCUGUGUAAGCGGCUUGUGAUCCGUGAUCAGCGUGAACUUACGCGCGUACAGAUAGUGGAAGAAUUUCUUUACAGCCCAUACGAUAGCGAGAGCCUCCUUGUCGAUUUGCGGGUAUUUUUGCUCAGUGUUGGACAUGGUACAACUGGCGUAUGCUAUCGGUCGCUCCGUUCCGUUGUUCAGUCGGUGUGAUAGAACGGCACCGAGACCAGUUUUGCUGGCAUCUGUUGCUAGGAUUAGCGGUAGUGCUGGAUCGUACUGCAUCAGCACUUGCGGAGAAAUUAGAACCUGUUUCAAGUCUUGAUAGGCCAUGUCUGCUUCGGGUGUCCAUUUAAAUGUAUCAGCAGGCAACAUAUCACGUAAACUUCUGGCUCUAGAAGAAAGAUUGGGAAAAAAUUAGCUGUAGUAGGUUGCCUUACCCAAAAACAGCUGCAGUUCCUCCGGAGUAGCCGGUCGUGGAGCAUCACGAAUGGCUUCGAUAUGCUUGUCCGAUUUAUGUAGACCAUGACGAUCUAUUCGAUGACCUAGGCAUUCGAGUGAUGGCGAAGACACAUUUCGAUUUGUUGAGCUACAAACCAUUUUGCUUCAUCCUCUCAAGUGUCGAGGUGAGAGCUAGCAGAAGCUCGUCGAAGUUUUGUGCAAAAACGAAGAUGUCGUCGUAGAAGCUGACGACGUGAUCUAAUCCUUGAAGAACGGACUCCAUGCGUCGUUGCCAAAUAGCUGGUAUAUUAGCAGCUCCGUAUACAGCUCUUGUGGGACGAAUGAGCCCAUGCGUCGUAGUGUUGAGUGUAAGUACAUGACGAAACUCAUUGUCGAUUGGAAGGUGCGUGUAAGCAUCGGUUACGUCGAGGCGACAAAACAAAGCAGCUCCCUUCAUUUUGUUGAAGAUCGUUUCAAUUUUCGGUAUCGGAUGUUCGUCAAUUAUCAUCCUUGGGUUGACAGUCGGUUUAUAGUUACCGGUGAUUCGGAUGUUUUCAUUUUUCUUUACAACAAUAUGGGUCGGCGAUGCCCACUCGGAAUAGUCUACUUUUUCGUAGAAUCCUGAAGCGAGUUUUUUGUCGAUCUCCGCUGCAUAUCGAUCACGUAGUGCGAGAGGUACGUCUCGUGCUUUCACGAAAACUGGAGAACAUUAGGUUUUAGAUGAAUUUUCGCUGGUGGUCCUAUGAGCUUUCCUGGAACGUCGCUGAAGAUGCUAUCAAAGUUGUCCAGUAAAUCCGACAGACGCGUUGCUUGAUCCGGAGUAAGUUCAGUGGUCGUGAGUGAAUUGACGGAUGUGUUUGAAGAGAAGAUUCGAUUCAGAUUGAUUUCGUCAGCGAAUUGCGUCGAACUCUCCGAACUCUCCAGACACGAUGUACAAAUUCAGUCUGCGCGUUGUAGAUCCGAUGGAUACAUGCACAGGAAGACGACCGAGACAGUUGAUGAUAUGACCAGUAUAACUUGAGAACUGUCUGUCUGUUGGUAGCAGAGAAAACUUCGGUUUGAUUCUUUUCAGUGUCGAUUCAGCAAUGAUUCCACACGGUGCUCCUGUAUCUAGUUCCAUUUGCAAGCGGUGACCGUCGAUUGCGACGUUGAUCAUUUUCUUUCCGGUCGAAGAGACAUUGUGGAUUUUACUCAGUGACUGUAUCAAGUCGACUUCUGAAGCUGGAUUUUCAUGAGUUUGAACCUGAUCGGUGGAAGAGUAUUGGGACUUCGAUUUUCCCGAUCGGCAGACUUUGGCUAUGUGACCCUUCUUGUUACAGACGUGUUGCACGUGGCGUCACGGAAACGACAUUGACUCCGCAGAUGCUGUCCACCACAGCCGUUGGAGGAACCUGAUCCACCUGCAUUGUGCGGGUGACUUUUGGUCACCCGUUGGAUGAUAAGGUUGGAGUUUCUUAGCUCUCGACUUCUCGUAGCCAAGCUUGUUAGUAGCUUCUGAAUUCGUCGAUUGUGUGAACGUGUUGACUUCUCGUGUCGUGUUCCGGGUUGCUUCCAGCAUGUGCGCGAUGUCGUACGCAGCGUUGAACGAUUCCGGGUUUUUCGCGAUGAUUUCGUCACAGAUAUCUCGUGCUUCAAGUCCGUGUAGAAAUUGUUCGAUCAACAUCCGGUGCCGAAAAUCUCCAUAUUCGCAUUAUGCGGCAUCUUGCUUUAAACGAAGAACGAACUGUGCGACGGUUUCGUCCUUUUGCUGUACGAUGUGUCUGAAUUCGACGCUCUCGACGAAUUUAUUUUUCGCACGAUCGAAGUGGUUGACCAGGGUGGUGCGUAACUCGGUAUAGGGAAUCUCAGCAGGAUCACGGGGUGUAACGAGGAAUUUUAAAGCGUUAUUGAGUUCAGCUCCCAUGUGAACUCGUGUAAAGGGUGCAAACUGGGCUUCUGGAAUGUGACUCAGCUGCAAUGCCCACUCGAAUCGGUUGAAGUAAUCAGCGACGGACGUUCCUUCGGAUGAACGGUACUCUGCCAUUGUGAACGGUGGUACUUUCGGCGAUGGAGCAGCAGCGUCUCCGGCCGGAACCUGUUGACCAGCAUUGACCUGAUCGAUGACACCUGCGAUGGAUGCUUUGAGGGCUUGCGCGAUCAUUGCGGAUAGCGCCUCCAUAAAUUCAGAAUUCAUUUGAGCCAUUUUUAGACGGAAAAAUGUGCUUUCGAUGCGAUUAUAACCUCACUUCCCGCGCGAGAGUUUUUUUCGACCAAUCCCACUUCUGACACCAAAAUUGUUGCAUAUGUGGGUGGUUUCCCGAAUCAUAGUAAUAACACGGUUUGGAUAACAUAUAAAUUAAACGUUUAUUGAAUUGUAUUCAUUACAAAUAAUGACUAUUAAUCGAGCGAUAAAAGUACGCGACUUACAAUUUCGUUAUUCUGUCUUUAACUGACAGCUCGUGUAUACUCAGGUUGGAAGUUAGACAAGUGCAUACAUAACAACCUAUAUGCGAGGCGUUUAGUUUCUUGAAGAACUUUCGUGAUUCUCGAGAACGAUAAAGUAGCUCCAUCUCCUCACACUAUUUCUUUUCCAGGCGGCGCUUUUUUCCCGAAAAAGAUCUGUUUGCUGCCUUCGUUUCAGUCUGUAUCGUUCUACGUUCUGUUGAGUCGCUCGUUGCAGCAUGGCUGCGCGUGCUGCAUCCUUCUUGUUCAGAAGCGUUCGGCACUCGUCGGCAAACCAUUCCACUCUACUGUGCUGCUAAUUGCCGCUUUUAAGAUGUUCCAGCAUUCAUCGAGAAGGACAGCAUCCAGUUCGUCUACCCCCGGUAACGCAGCUUCAAGACGCUGCGAGUAUGUUGCAGCAACGUUCGGCUCCUGCAGUCAUAGUAGUUAGCGUGGUUAGCGCUAAUGUCUUAUAUUAUUAACCACUGACCGUUUAGAACGGAGUUUGACGAUCACCAGGUAGUAGUCACAAUGGAUGUUAGCGCCACGAUAGGUUUAGAUGACGAUGAUAUCCGAGAAGUGUGGACCGUCGAUCAAAACAUGGUCAACUUGUGUUUUCGUUCGCUGAGGUGAUCCCCAGGUGUAACGGUAAUGGGAGGCUGGAGCAACCUACCAAUCACCGGUCUGAACUCCUCCUCUUGGACGUCCUGAGCGUUCAAAUCACCGAUGACGAUUUUGAUGUCGUGCUUUGGGUAGCGAUCGUAUUCACGCUCUAGCAGCGCGUAAAAUUCUUCUUUAUCGUCGUCGGUGCUAGCUAGAUGGGGGCUGUGGACGCUGAUAAUGCUGAUGUUGAAGAAAUGGCCUUGCAUCCUCAGUCUGAACAUUCUUCCGUUGAUCGACAACCAGACAAUCACCUGUUUCUUCAUCUCUACCAUCACGAUGAAAGCUGAACCGAGAUCGUGUGUAUUGCGGCAACUCUGGUAGACGGUAUAACCACCUUGAAACGAUCGUUCCAUCGAACCUUUCCAGCACACCUCCAGCAGCGCUACGAUGUUGAAAUUGUGAGCUCUCAAUAUUUCCGAAAGAAUUUGGGUACUCGCAAGAAAGUUGAGAGUCUCUAAUUUCUAUGUAAAUUUUCCUGUGCGUUUCAUUUUAAAGGAUGGCUUGCAGGGCCUGCAUCAACCCCCAGUCUCUCCGGAGGACCGUCGUGCACAGCUCUUUUUAGAGUCCCCGCUGGCACGAAGACAGUGAUCAGCCGCCCCUGACAUGGGAAACAGAUACUGUUCUGAGCCGCACAUCCAUGGUGAACAAACGCUCAGAUAGUCCCCUGUCCGCAUGCGACCAAGAUCCCACCGGGGUUGGUUACCCGAUCUUCACAAUGGUUACUCGUCCCCACUCGGCCCCGCGGGGAGGUAGGAAUCACCGGACUAGAAGCUGAGGGCCACGAAUGGGGUCUAUUUUAUGCCUGCAGAACCGAUGGUGCGCUUCGUUCAGUCGUUUACCAACAAAAGUCUCAUCUUCUGAUUGAUUCAGUCUGUGUUCCUCACACUGUGCCGAUCAAAAAGAGCAACUAACGUCGCAGGACAAUUUGCAUGCUCUGUUAAAAAAGCAUCCCAAUUUUUGAUUUUCUGCAGGUUUUGUAUGGGUUUAUGGUUGUAUACCAUAGCUCAAUUAUCCCCAAUAGAAGCUGCUAAACUGGAAUAGGCAAAAACUGGAGUCGAGCCAAAACACAUGCAAGUAAAACGGCUGUCAAUAAUUAACUGAACAGGCGAUCUUGUUAGGAUGAGAGAGAGGCAUGAGUACCAACAUAACGCCACAAAAAUCGUGCAUGAUUCUAUCUAAGGUAAAAACGAAGAAGAAAUAGCGCAAUAAAUACAGUCAUCGUUGCGGCAAAACAUUCUACCAACGCAAUAAAUACAGGAAAUUAAAUUAAAUUAAUACAAGCUCGUUGAUUAAGUUAAUUGUAUUUGCUAUUGACUCAGUUCGAAAAUAUGGUGUUAGUCCACAAAAUCUUUUGAAAACAGAAAGAAAUCGAUUUUUUAUUUCUUCUCUAUAGUAUUGUCGAUUCCAUCUACACAAACACCAAGAUAAAAAUAUGUUCGUGAAAUAUUGUAAAACUGGAUACUAAAGUUUGAAAAUUUUGUACAUCCCAUCUUCAUGCGUUGAUUCUUCACGAAGUUGCAGCAUUUCAAAAAUCAGCUUCAAGUUUAGAUUUCGCGCUCUGAUCCUCUAAGUUUUUGUCGAGUGUAUUUUUCAGUUUUUCGUUUGACAACACAGCCGACAAUAAAUUGAGCCAACUUCAGAGGAAAUUUGGAAGUUUUCGUACCUGACUACUUCCAAUUUGCACUGGAAAGAGACAGUUUUUCAAAAUGCAAUCUACUGUCAGAACAUUCCAGAAUAGACCACAAUGAGCGCUAAAGCAAAAUCAACGAUACGUCCAGAUUUUAGCUGAACCAAGCUUCCGACCGAUUACUUGUAAUUUCUGGCAUACUGUACGAAAAGCAUCCCAAAGGUUUAAUUUCAAAUGAGAUUGUUUGAACACUGAUGUAAACACUGAUGAAGAGAUAAAUUACCGACUAUAAUAAGCAUCGGAACCAAUACAUGUUUAUCAAUUAUUUGAGGCCACCAUUAUAUUCCUUUACACAAUCUAGAGUCUAGAUUCUAGACUUUCGGAGAGAAAAAGAACAUGUCUAAGAAACAACACCUGAUCUUUAUAAAAACUCCAACAAGAAGCAAAACACGAAUGAACAAAUGUAGAUAUGAGUCCUUCAUAAUGUAGAAAAGGAAAUAAAACAGAAUAAAACAAAUAGAACUCAUUACAGUAAAUAGAAAGUGAUUAAAUGAAUAAAAAAAAGCAUAAAAAGGAGCACUAGACUAGAAUGAACUAUUCUAGUAUGCACUGUCAGUAAAACAUACACACACCCAAACACACAGAAAAGCAUACCGACUCCACAACCGUAGAUAUUUUUAUACCCAAGGUAGAUGAGCAAGGCGUGCAUACUUUAGAUCUCCUUUGUUGGUUUCUAGAGUCAACCGAAUAAAGUUACGCAUACACGAAGAACUGAGCCGUUUUCGUUUGAUAUGGAAACAAAUAGUUGUAGCUGUUUUAUAACUGUGUAUAUAUUUUUGUACCAUUUUGUAACCAUCCAAACCGCUGUAACAUUAAAACCAAGGGUUGAUAAAAUAGUUUUUGUGCCUGAGACGAAACACAUCCAACAUAAACACAUUAAUUCAUGUAGAAAUAAUUCGGUUCCAUCUGAAGCAUAAUUUUCUUAUCGGCAAUGUCUUGUAGAACAGCAAAGUGAUAACGAUCGUUAGCGUAAAGAGAGAAUUGAGAAUCAUAUACACGAAAAAACACGAAAACGCCAUUCCAGAAAACGAGCGAUUGGUCCAUUGUGAUGAUGCUGUCGAACUAUGUAUGUGACAUCUAUAUACUGAUGGGGACCUUUAUCUAAGAAAAAUAUUUGUUCGAAGUCAAACAUGUUGAACCAGAAUUAAAAAAAUCAUACAAUGAACAAUGUGAAAUUUCGAAUAAUUAUUCCUACCGUUGUACAGAAAAUAUUCACCGUAUUCGAUAACGCCCUUAGUGACAGAAUACAACAACAACAAAAAUGCAAUAAAUCUGUCACAAUUUGCAAAAAUCACAAUCUUAGCACCGAACCACAACAACAAAAAUCAUAUCCUCCAAUGCCAAAUUUAUCGGUGGUGUGAAGAGAAGUCUGUUGUUUUCUCAUCUGUCUCUAGUUAGACAAAAAAAAAUACAUAAAAGCAAAAAAGCAAGCCGAAAGCACACACAAAACAAAAGAGGCACGUCUGUUGAUGCCCAAAUGCCAAAUCAACAAAAUCAAGAGGAGGGGGAGUAAAAAUGCCACAAGGAAAAGCAAUUAGAGAUUUCGGAAGUAGCAUACGUAUAGAACAAAUCUGAUUGAUCCUAAAUGUUAAAGCACAUUUUCAUUCGAGUUCGAAGCAAAACGCAAAAAAAAAAACAAACAACAUUUACUGCGCGAAUGAUGCAAAGUCGAGCGUGUAUUUAGUAAUAUUCUAGAAGAGACUUGUUCAACUAAUUCUAAAUUGCAGCCGUUAGUGUUGAAAAUUUAAGGCAAAAAAAAAGACAUAGGCAAAUACAUGAAAUGAAUGCGUCUACGAGGAAGUGAAUGAGAAAACAAAACAUCGUACUUGAAGAAUUUUAUUAUCGCAAGAUUAAUACAAGAAAAAAUCCUGUCAACAUAGUUUCCCAAAGAUUAAGUGGACUAACAGGUGCACCUAAAGCCAUCUGUACGAAAAUGUAUGAAAAAUUAUCAAUUAAACAAUGGAAAAAAUAAAUGAGAACUGGAAA